GACAACGUCUAUGAUCAACUGGUAUAGGGAAGGAAAAUAUCAUAAGGAAGCUACUUUUAGUUUUCAAUUUUUGCGCAACUUGUAUACAAUAUUUAUACUUUCUCAAGUUUCCAAAAAGGAUAGAUAUUUAUUAGGAUUGUGGAGUGUACUUAUCGUCAUUAGUCUUUUGUGUAGUUACCAGAUUAUCUUGAUUCCUGGAAAAAUAUAUCAAUAUUUGUUGGAAGGAGACAAGGAAAAUUUUGUUCGUGAAUUGUGGACUCUUCUGUUUUGGUGCAUAUUGAUAACCUGUAUUCGUAUAUCUAGAGCAGCUUGUCAAGCUGUACUGAGCAACAGAGCUAGAAAGGCUGUGACAGAAUACAUACAGUCCAUAUACUUGUCCAGCUUUUCCUUUUAUCUUCUUCAGAAUUGCAAGGACUUUCCAGAUAAUCCAGAUCAAAGAAUUGUUUCUGAUAUCGAACAACUUUUUGAGUUGUUUUAUCAGACUCUUGGUGGUCAGUUGGGUUCCAGUGGUCUAAUAGAAGCAGUACUCAAUAUACUAUGGUACUCUUUUCAGACUUUGGUUCGUUGUGGACUUGUAGGAAUUGCCAUUGCAUAUGCGUGGUCGACUUUGAUUGGCGCGGUAGAAACAUUGCUAGUCAAUGUUGUAUCACCUUGGAUAUUUCAACAAGAAGUAUUUCAAGCUUGGUUUCGCUUCCUCCAUAUUGAUUUGAGAAGAAAUGCAGAGUAUAUCUUGUUUCAAGGUGAUGGCAACUUUGAAAAGCAAAGGCUACAAGAAGCUCUGGAAUCGGUAGUCGAUAAUCGGUAUCGUAUUAUUUUCAGACAAUUGGGAUUGAAUAGUGUUCAAGUUGGUUAUGGAUACCUGACCAAUCUUAUCAUGUAUAUAACCAUAGGCAUUGUGUUAUUGCAAGGGUCAUACUGGAGCCUUGAGAAGGAUUCUGCCAAGGCAGAAUGGAUUGCGCAAACAAGUGGUAUAUUUAUAUCGUUAUUAUAUGGCUUUACGACUUUGAUUCAAAGAGGAACAAACUUAAGUAGCUUGGUACCAGUUUGUACUCGGGUAGCGCAGUUAUUGGAUAAACUGAAAACUUUGACCCAUACUUCGAUGGAGUCAUGUAUUGAAUUGCAUAGGGAUCGCAUUGAAGUAUGUGAUAUGGUAGUGAAAACUUUAGAUGAUAGAGUUUUGUUGUCAUCUUUAUCCUUCCAAGUUGCCAAAGCAGAGUCAUUGUUGAUAUGUGGACCUUCAGGUAUAGGGAAAACUUGCAUUAUUCGUUGUCUUCGUGGUUUAUGGACACCCUUAAGAGGAAGAAUUUUUCGACCUGCCUUGAGCGAAGUAUCUUAUCAUGGAAUUUACUUCCUUCCAGAAUAUCCUUAUUUGCCUCCCAAUUGUUCAUUACGUGAGCAACUUUGUUAUCCGAAAUCAAAAAACUCCCAAAAGGAAGAAGAAUUAGAAUUAUCCAGUCUCUUAAAAUAUGUAGGUCUAUCCAAUCUACAGCAUAGAACAGGUGGAUUGGAUUCUCAAACGGACUUGGCUUUGUUGCUGUCAGCUGGAGAAAAACAAAAACUUUGCUUAGCAAGGGCGCUCUAUCACAAACCAAGUUGGAUAGUAAUGGAUGAAGCUAUUUGUCAUCUUGAUACCGAGUCAAAACAAGCAAUAUAUGAAGUAUUAAAGUUCCGAGGUAUUGGAUUUAUUACAGGUAAGACACUGAAAUUGCCAAAAAAAGGAUUGGAUACUGAUGUUGAAGAAUAGUAAGUCAUGACGAGGAAUUGAAAGCCGUUCA